UAAACAAUUUUAUUUUCUAAUUAUAUCUCUCUCUUUCUAAUGUCAUGUACAAUCUUUCAAACUUAUAAUGAACAUCACACACAUUGCAUGUGUUAUUAUCACAGAUAUGAUGUAAUAUUUAACACGUUUAAUACCACGGUGGUUACCGGUGACCGGCACUCAAUUUGGCAGUAAUGCCAUGGGGGUCACUGGUGACCGACAAGCCCAAGUUAAUAGAAAUAUAUUCCACAUUGUGGCGCCACGAACAAUCUCUGUACAAUUAGUGUGACAUUUAACUUGUUAAAGACAUUUAGAAAUAAACAUAAAUGAUAGAAAGGUAUUUUUUCGAUAAUGUGGUAUCAUUUAAAAAUUGCCAUAUACAUUUUGUUAUUGUUUCAAUAUGUUUCGGUGUCUGGAAACAUAAGUGCACAUGUUAGAAUGCACGUUGAUGGUUCUGGUUUUCAUAGGUAUUUUACAUAUCACAUUGAAGUGGACAAUUUGAUUUUGAAGGAUUGUUAUGCAUCCUUGCAUUUUGUACUACCUUCUGCUCUUUAUGUAAACAUUAAUGAGUUAGCAGAACUAAAGAGAACCGAUAAUACUACAAUAUGCUCCGUUGGAGAAACGGAUACAGAAUUAUUUAUGGAGAAUGCAAAUUCUCAAAAUGUUACUAUUUGUAGUCGUAUCGAUGAUGGUUCAAGUAUAAUGUCUUUACCUAUUCAUCAACGAUACCAAUAUCCCAAAGAGAACGGUGAUUAUGAAACCGUAGUUUUAAGAAAACCUAGUUUACUUCUAGGUUGUAAAGAAAGAAUCAAAGAGUACAGAGUAUCUAAAAUAAAUCUAUGCCCAUUGUGCGCUGAUAAGAUGGUAAAAUGGAGAGAAUUACCAUACAAUACUGAUGAGAUUGAAUAUGAAUGGACAAUACCUAUAGGAGAUAUAUCUUUUUUAUCUUUUGUCACUUAUAUUACAUUAAUAAUAACGAGUUUUGGAACUGUUCUUCUAAUUAAUACGAUAUGGACGUCAAAUAUUAAAAAACACUUAAAAAAGAAUUAAUUUAUAUUUUGUACUUUUGUUAAACGGAUCAUUCCACUUUUGUACUGAACCUUUACCAAAUAAUAUGAAAAUAAGAUUUCCUAUUAUGUAUAGACCGGCUGUGAGGAAGAAC